CGAAAACCAGAGGGACCCUUUCGAGUUCCACCGAGUCGGAAUCUGUCUCUGAAACUGAAACUGUCACAGAAAAAUGAUUCAUCUUCUUCGUUUUUCUUUCGAUUCGAUGUAAUCCGAAGCUCAAUUCGGGCUUUCUUCAACGCUUAGGUUCACGCCAUGCCUUCCUCGACUAAGCUCUUUCACGCGCGCCACUCGUCCUCUUCUCCAUUCUACUCUUGCAGAUCAUCGGUGCUCCUUCUCUGCUCUUGUCUCCUCUUCGGCAUUUCCGGUUUCAUCUUCGGACUGACCUCUUUUUUCACUCCUCGCCUCGGAUAUAGUUGUUCCAACCGUGUGCCGACGACUGUCAAAGUUGUUUGGGACAGAGCGGCCGGUUCUGGUGGUGGUGCUGGAGGAACUGGUAGCGAUGUGAAGCGCUAUAAAGUGAUGGGGUUUGUGGGGAUCCAAACUGGGUUUGCAUCUGCUGGUCGGCGGCGAUCUUUGAGGAAGACAUGGUUGCCUUCUGAUCGGGAAGGGCUUCAACGUUUGGAAGAAGCCACUGGCUUAGCUUUCAGGUUUAUAAUUGGAAAGACAAGUGACAAGGAGAAAAUGUUGGAACUCAAAAAGGAGGUAGCAGAGUACGACGAUUUUGUGCUAUUGGAUAUUGAAGAAGAGUAUAGUAAGCUACCUUAUAAAACGUUAGCAUUCUUUAAAGCUGCAUAUGCACUAUAUGAUUCUGAGUUUUACGUCAAAGCCGAUGAUGAUAUAUAUUUAAGGCCAGAUCGCCUUUCACUUCUACUGGCUAAAGAACGCUCACACCCUCAAACUUACAUUGGCUGCAUGAAAAAAGGCCCAGUUUUCACAGAUCCUAAGUUGAAAUGGUACGAGCCACUGUCUCCUUUGCUUGGGAAUGAGUAUUUUUUUCAUGCCUAUGGUCCAAUAUAUAUCCUUUCUGCGGAUGUUGUUGCAAGCUUGGUUGCUCUUAAAAACAAUAGUUUCCGGAUGUUCAGCAAUGAGGAUGUAACAAUUGGCGCUUGGAUGCUUGCUAUGAAUGUUAAUCACGAGAACGAAAAAGCACUCUGUGAACCAGACUGUACGCCAACAUCUAUUGCAGUAUGGGAUAUUCCCAAGUGUUCAGGACUAUGUAAUCCAGAAAAGAAAUUGCUGGAACUUCACAAUCAAGAAAGCUGUACAAAGAGCCCUACUUCAGCGUCUGAUGAUGAUGCAUGAGAAUCCCCGUUUCUCACGGGAGUCGAGCAGCGCCCGCCAGGGAGUUUUCUGUUAAGUCUCCCAACCAUAUAACGUUAAUUUCACCCCCUUUAAUCUUCUGAACGUGUAUUUUUAGAAAAGAUAUCUAUCUGAUUUGAUUGCAUAUUCUUCCUGGUUCCAGUGGGUGGGUUUAGAAAGAAAGCAAUAGUAUAUGAACAGAUUAGUUCUUUAGGCAUCAUUUCAUUCUUUCAUUCACUUUGCCCACCUUCUGAAACCCAUUUUGUAACUUACUUUCUGUGAAGUAGAUUGAACUUUACCAUUGCAUUUA